CUCAGCCAUGCUGGGGGAGAGGCACUUCUGUUUCCCAGGCAUGACUGUGUUGUGGAGAGUGCUGCUGCUGUGGGUUUGCGUCUGCAUCUGCCUUCCAGCUAAGGCCCAGGGAGCUCUGCUUGUUUCCAGGAGCGAUGCUCUGACACAGGAGACCCAGGAAACUAUGGAAACCAGGUCAAUAAAGAGAAGAAGCACAAACUCUGCAAACAUGGUGGAGGUGUACAGUGUCACCGUGGACUGCACGGUGACGUCUCGUUUCGCCCACACGGUCAUGACCUCCAAGGCUCUGAACAAAGCAAACUCCUCGCAGGAAAUCUUCUUUGAGGUGGAGCUGCCCAAGACGGCCUUCAUCACCAACUUCAGCAUGGAGAUCGAAGGUCAGGUGUAUGUCGGGCAGGUGAAGGAGAAAGAGAAAGCCAAGAAACAGUAUGAGAAGGCUGUGUCCUCUGGGCAGACUGCUGGACUGGUCAAGGCCUCUGGGAGAAAGAUGGAGGUGUUUUCAGUGUCUGUCAACAUCGCAGCCAAUAAUGACGUGGUUUUUAUUCUGACCUAUGAGGAGCUCCUUCAGAGGAAACUGGGCCAGUACGAGAUUGUGACACGAGUUAAACCGAAACAUCCAGUGCAGGACUUUCAGAUUGUAGCAAACAUCUACGAGCCUCAGGGCCUCACUUUUGUUCACGCUUCAGCAACUUUCCUCACCAAUGACCUGCUUUCCUUGGUGGAGAAAACAGUUAUGGACACAAAGGCACACAUAUCUUUCUCGCCAACACUGGAGCAGCAGAGAGUGUGUCCAGAAUGUGAGGGGAACAUAAUCGAUGGAGAUUUCCUCAUCAACUAUGAUGUGAAAAGAGAUGAGGGCCUGGGAGAAGUUCAGAUUGUGAAUGGAUACUUUGUGCACUUCUUUGCUCCCCCUGACCUGCAAAGAGUCCCAAAGAAUGUGGUGUUUGUGAUCGACAGGAGUGGAUCAAUGAGUGGAAGAAAGAUGGCCCAGACGAGGGAUGCACUGGUUGCCAUUCUGGAAGACCUCCAUGUGGAGGACCACUUUGCUCUCAUCGUGUUUGAUAACACAAUUAUCACCUGGAAGGACUCUCUUACCAAAGCAACAAAGGAAAACGUGGCUAAAGCCAUUGCCUACGUCAGGAAGAUAAGAGACAAUGGAGCCACCAAUAUCAAUGAUGCCGUCCUGAGGGCUGUGAGCAUGCUGGUGAAAGAAAGAGAAGAGAAGACACAUCCAGAGAGGAGCGUGGAUAUGAUUCUUUUACUAACUGAUGGGAUGCCAAACAGCGGUGAGUCUGUCCCCACAAAAAUACAAAAGAAUGUACAUGCUGCUAUCCAGGGGAAGAUGUCUCUGUUCUGUCUUGGAUUCGGAAAUAAUGUGGAUUACUCCUUCCUGGAUGUGAUGAGCAGACAAAACAAGGGACUGGCCCGCAGAAUAUAUGAAGCUUCAGAUUCUGCUGUUCAACUCCAGGGUUUCUAUGAGGAGGUUUCUAGCCCUCUGCUCUUGGAAGUGGACCUGCGUUAUCCUGACAAUGCAGUGGACUCUUUGACCAAAAACCAUUUCAGCCAGUUGUUUAACGGCUCAGAGAUCGUGGUGUCCGGUCGGCUGAGCGACAAUGACAUGGAUAAUUUCCUGGUGGAAGUGCUUGGCCAGGGGUCUGAUAAAGACUUCCAAGUUAAGGGAAAUGCCAGUGUGGGAAACUGGGAGGUGACCUACCCAGAGCAGGAGUACAUCUUUGGGGAUUUUGCUGAGCGUUUGUGGGCCUACCUCACCAUCCAGCAGUUACUGGAGAACAGUGACGUUGGUACUCAGCAAGAUAAAGAUACUUUAACAGCUAAGGUCGUGAACAUGUCCCUGCAGUACAGCUUUGUCACCCCUCUCACCUCCAUGGUGGUAACCAAGCCUGAAACCGAGGACGGACCAGACAGCCCUCUCAUUGCUGACAAGCUGACUGAGAGCCAGCGACAGGAAGCAGAGAGACGCCACGGUGCAUCUCACCACAGUACAUCUCGUCAAGGAGCAUCUCCCCUAAAUGCAUUAAUCCAAACUGCACCUCGCCAGAGUUCAUUUCGCCAGAGUUCAUCUCGCCACAGUUCAUCUCGCAAAAGUGCAAUUCGCCAUGGUUCCUUAGGCUCAAGUCGUGCUGACAGUUCUCGUGCUUAUUCAGAUGUGGACGGAGAUCCUCAUUUCAUGAUAGAGCUGCCAGAGAGAAAUGACGCUCUAUGCUUCAACAUCAACAACAAACCAGGAACCAUUUUCACUCUGGUCAAAGAACCAAAAUCAGGGUUUUUGGUGAAUGGCCAAAUUAUUGGCAAGAAGAAUGUUGUUCCAAAUGGUAACACCAACACCUACUUUGGGCGUUUUGGUAUCAGCCACCGGAAGCUGGGAGUGAGUCUGGAGGUGAGCACUCAGGACAUCUCCAUCUUCCACAAUGGCAAACAUGUCAAGCUGCUGUGGUCUGAUAGAGCCUCUAUCAAAGAAAACAACAUGGACCUCAAGUUAACAAAGAACUGCAGCCUGACCGUCACGCUAAGGCACUUCAUUAAAUUUACUGUCAUCAAACACACAAAGAAAUGGAAGAGACGCCACGAUCAGCAGGACUACCUGGGCUUCUACACACUGGACAGCCACCACAUGUCUGCUUCAGUUAAUGGCCUGCUAGGUCAGUUCUACCAUGGGGUUGAGUUUGAGGUGACAGACCAGCGUCCAGGUGACCUCCAGGAGAAACUAGAUGCCACCAUGUAUGUGAAGGGACGAGUAGUCAAUGUGACAAGACACUGGCAGAAGGACUUCAGCCAGGACGUGAAGAAUGGAGAAAGUAUUCCCUGCUGGUUUGUCGAUAAUGAAGGAGCAGGCCUCAUUGAUGGAAGAGCCUCAGACUACAUUGUGUCAGGGCUUUUUAAGACAGUUUGAAUCUUAAAAUUAGAAUCAGAAUAGCACUGGGGACAAAUGGCAGAUUCUCACAACUUGCGUAUCAUCACUCAACAAUUAUGCACAUGCAGAGACAACCAUUAUUAAAACAACAGGGACAAUGACAUAUUUAUUUAUAGAUAAUAGAAAAUGACAAUUUGUGAUUCCAACCGGUGCAACAUUUAUGUUAUUUUUAUAUAACUGUACAGUUAUCUCUUAACAGUAAACUUUAAACUUCAUAGCUGCACAUUAUUUAGCAGACAUUUCUUACAAAUCAGAGUAAUGGCUUCAAUAAUACAGUCGUGAAAACUUUAGUUGUACUGUACCUAAUAUAGUACCAAAUCAACUUCUUAACAUGUCUUGGCAAUAAAAUAAAUAUUGCUCUCUGUAAAAAUAUUUACCUCGUGUCGCUGCAAGAGAGACACUGGAUGUGUCGAGGUGAGUUCAGCAUAUUCGGGUGUCAAAGUUUAAGUAUUUGAACUGUGGGUGUAAACCUGGUGGAAUGUCAUGUUCUGUCAGAUAUGGGGUCAAACACUCUGCGAAAGUUCAGCGUGGAGUCUCUACAAUAAAUUAAAAACAUAAAAACAAAUUACACAUGCAGGGGCAGCAGUGGCUCAGGUGGUGAAGAGAGUCAUCCACAAACCAGAUGGUCAGUUGGUUUGAUUAUUCUACUCUGCAUUUUGAAGUGAAGCGCAAAACAUUGAACCCCAAAUUGUGGUAUGUAUGCACAGAGUAGUGCUGUAUGAAUGGCUGAAUGUGGCACAGUAAAGUGCUCUAAGUGGUUGAUAAGAAUAGAAAAGUUCAAUAUAGAAAAAUUCCCAUUGUAGAUUUUCACUACAAAACAAAACAACACUCAAUGUUUUUUUAUGUCAGUAUCUGAUUUUAAAGACAAGUUGGUGCUAUGUUUAGAGUGUUUCACAACAGGUACCACC